UUCGGCCUUUAGGAUAAAGAGGGAGGUCACGCCACUGGCGAUGCCCUUUUGCUUGUUUCUUCUUACAUAUAUCUCCCUCAAUUCUAUUUCAAUUCUAAGUACAUAUUAUUAAUAUUUACCACCAUUCUUACUCACUUUAAUCGCCACAAUGCAAGCCAGGCGACAGUUGUUGUCCUCGGCCCAGCGCAUUGCUGGUGCCUCUAACAGGCUCACAAGACCGGCUAUUGCACGAUCAGCCAUUAGGCCUCUGCUCUUAGGGGCAUCAUCAUCAAGACUUGCCCCGGCCUUAUUAGUAAGAACAUAUGCCAAUGGACGUCCACAUCCACCAGGAGGAACCCAUCGGAUGAAUAUGGGAGGUGGUGAACCAGAGAAGCCCGCACUGGAGCAAUUCGGCAUCGAUUUGACAGCCAAAGCCCGGGAUGGUAAGCUGGACCCUGUGAUUGGAAGAGAUGCAGAGAUUCAGCGUACAAUUCAAAUCCUAUCCCGGCGAACCAAGAACAACCCGGUUCUCAUCGGAAAUGCCGGAACUGGCAAGACGGCCAUCCUGGAGGGAUUAGCAUUGCGCAUCGUCCGGGGCGAUGUUCCGGAAAGUGUCAAAAACAAGAGAGUCAUCUCCUUGGAUCUAGGGUCACUGAUUGCCGGAGCGAAGUUCCGAGGCGACUUUGAAGAGCGCCUGAAGAAGGUGCUGGAUGAAGUUCAAAAGGCGGAAGGCCAAGUGAUUCUCUUCAUUGACGAGCUACACACUCUCCUUGGACUGGGCAAAGCCGAAGGCUCCAUUGAUGCUUCAAAUCUGCUCAAGCCGGCCUUGGCUCGUGGUGAACUGCAAUGCUGCGGCGCGACUACCCUCGCCGAAUAUCGUGUUAUUGAAAAGGACGUGGCGCUAGCCAGACGUUUCCAGCCCAUCAUUGUUAGUGAGCCAACUGUAGAAGACACCAUCAGCAUCUUGCGAGGUAUCAAGGACAAAUACGAAGUCCACCAUGGUGUCCGAAUCACUGACGGUGCUUUGGUGGCCGCUGCUGCUUUAUCCAACCGAUACAUCACGGAUCGAUUCCUCCCGGAUAAGGCCAUCGAUUUGAUGGACGAGGCUGCAAGCCACCUGAAACUACAACACGAAAGCAAACCCGAGGACAUCAUGAGGCUGGACCAUAAAAUCAUGACAAUUCAGAUCGAACUGGAGAGUUUGCGUAAAGAAACAGAUGUCGCAAGCAAGGAACGCAGAGAGAAAUUGGAGCAGGAUUUGAAGAAGUACUACGAUGAAAUUUCGGAGCUCAAUGCAAGAUGGGAUAAAGAAAAGUCCGAAAUCGAAUCAGUCAAGAAAAUCCAAGAGGACCUCGACAAGGCCAGAUUCGAGCUCGAGCAGGCGCAGAGAGAUGGAAACUUUGCUCGAGCCUCCGAGCUCCGAUUCGGCGUCAUACCCAACCUCGAGCAAAAGUUGCCGUCUGACAAGGAAAUUCAGCAAGACACUGCCGACGGAACUCUCAUCCACGACUCGGUGACAGCCGAUGACAUUGGCAAUGUCGUAUCCCGCAUCACCGGCAUCCCCGUCUCGAAGCUCACUUCGGGACACAUUGAGAAGUUGGUUCACAUGGAGGAUAUUCUGCGGGAAUCUGUCAAGGGACAAGAAGAUGCCAUCAAGGCUGUUUCCAACGCCGUGCGGCUCCAGCGAGCGGGUCUAAGCGGCGACAAUCGCCCCCUGGCCUCAUUCUUCUUCCUCGGACCGACUGGUGUUGGCAAGACUGAGCUUUGCAAGAAGCUCGCCAAUUUCCUCUUCUCGACCGAGUCUGCCGUCGUCCGGUUUGACAUGUCCGAGUUCCAGGAGAAACACACCAUCUCUCGACUCAUCGGUGCCCCAUCCGGCUACGUUGGAUACGAAGACGCAGGGCAGCUUACUGAAGCUGUCCGUCGCAAACCUUAUGCCGUUCUCUUAUUUGACGAGUUCGAAAAGGCACACCGCGACAUCUCCGCCCUACUUCUCCAGGUCCUUGAUGAAGGUUACCUCACCGAUGCCCAAGGCCACAAGGUCGAUUUCAAGAACACCAUCAUCGUCCUCACGUCCAACCUAGGAGCAGACAUCCUCGUCGGCCAAAACCACCUACACCCAUACAAAGAGGACGCCAACGGCGACAUCGAUCCAUCAGUCCGCCAGGCAGUCAUGGACGUAGUCUCAUCCGCCUACCCGCCCGAGUUCCUCAACCGCAUCGACUCAUUCAUCAUCUUCAAGCGGCUCGCUCUGAGCGCCAUCCGCGAAAUCGUCGACAUCCGCCUCAGGGAGCUUCAGCAGCGUCUGGACGACCGGCGCAUCACUCUCUCCAUAUCAGACGAUAUCAAGGACUGGCUAGCCGAGCGAGGCUACGACCCCAAGUUUGGAGCCCGUCCUUUGAACAGGCUGAUUACAAACGAGAUUAGCAACGGACUUGCUGAUAAGAUCAUCAGAGGCGAACUCAAGAUGGGAGAAACAGCCGAAGUCAGAUUAAAAGAUGACAAGGACGGAUUGGAAAUCGUGAAUGUUUCCGAGACUGCUAAAACGGACAGUGGGGAAAAGAAAGAAUAAAAACAACAAAAAAGAAGCAUUAUUGGCGUAUUUCUUCUGCAUUUAUUGGUAAUGUAUUAUUUAUUAGUUGGCAUUGGAGGAGUUGGCCAUAAGAAAAAGAAUGUACCAUUUGUAUACUAGGUCUACAAACUCCUCUCGGAAAUUGUAAAUUAGUUGAUACCCCCCUUUGGAUUUAAAAACAAAAAAUUGAUUCCAAAUU